AUGGAGGAGCCAAAUACAUCUUCGGGCAAGGAAUCAGACUUUGAAACAGCACUAAGCAUAGAGGAGCUGGGCCAACUGGCGACGAGAUGGGAUAAGAAUUCCACUGGGCUGCAAGACACCAUUAACGACGGUCCCGGAGCAUGCUGCGAGGAGCCUGGCAGGAUAGCCACGAUGGGAAGGUUCGAUCAGUUCAUCGAGGACGGUGAUGAAGAUUUUCAGUCCUACUUGGAGCGGUUCGACCACUUCCUGAAGGCUUCCCAGGUGAGCGACGCCCUGAAGGUGUCAGUGUUCAUAACGGCAAUAGGGAAUAAAGCCUACAAAACCCUGAAAACAUUGCUGGAACCAGAAAAGCCGGGAAACAAGACGAACGAACAGUUGGUGCAGACCCUGCAAGAGCAGUACGUGCCCCAAAACUCUAUAAUUGCCGAGCGGUUCAAAUUUAAUCGGCGUUUGCAGCAAGACGGCGAAACAGUGGCAGCGUUCGUGGUAGAGCUGAAGCGGUUGGUCACGUCCUGCGGCUUCGGGGCGUUUUUGGACGAGGCUUUUCGCGACAGGUUUGUGGCAGGACUUUGCGACAAAGAAACGCAAGCAGAGGUGCUAAAGAAUAGCAAGUUGACCUUUAGAAAUGCCUGCGAUAUCGCAAGGAGUAUCGAGUUGGCCCGCAAGGAAAGUCGAGAUAUUCAGCCGGGUGCAGCGCAAGGAACCGUCAGCGCUAUUCACCGCAAACCAGAUAGCAGAAAACGCCCACUGCGCUGGAGAGAAGAAACUUCGGCGAUGCCAGCUGAUAUAAGGGCGACGGAAUCACUGCCUUGUUUCCGAUGUGGCUCAGAGCAUGAAGCAUCUAUCUGCAAAUUUUGA